GCCUUCCCGCCGGACAAAGCCGAGCCCGCGCCCAGAGCCAUGUCCUCGUCCGCCGGCAGCGGACACCAGCCCAGCCAGAGCCGCGCCAUCCCCACCCGCACCGUGCCCAUCAGCGACGCCGCGCAGCUACCUCAUGACUAUUGCACCACGCCCGGGGGGACGCUCUUCUCCACCACGCCGGGAGGAACCCGAAUCAUUUAUGAUCGAAAGUUUCUGUUGGAUCGCCGCAAUUCUCCCAUGGCUCAGACCCCACCCUGCCAUCUGCCCAAUAUCCCAGGAGUCACUAGCCCUGGCACCUUAAUUGAAGACUCCAAAGUAGAAGUAAACAAUUUGAACAACUUGAACAAUCAUGACAGGAAGCAUGCAGUUGGGGAUGAUGCUCAGUUUGAGAUGGAUAUCUGACUCUCCUGCAAGGAUUAGAAGAAAAGCAGCAACGCCGAUACCUGUGUGUACCUGAUUUGGCCAAUAGGAUCAACAAUGAAAAGACAGAAGAGGCAGUACCAGCAGUCUUCAUUGCGGUCUCCACCUUCCCUUUUCCUUUGGGUGCCAAAUAGUGGGAAGAAGAGCUUCAUCUGACCAUUUCCUCUCCCUGUUUUCUGUUCUUCUUCCAAGUUAAACAGAUUAGAUUGAUUGAAGGCCCUUGGUGUAUUUCUGUAGAGCUAAGCAGCUCAUAGAGGAAAACGGUUAAAUUCUGGCUUCUCUGAUCAUUUUUCUAUUGAGAACCACCUCUUGCCCUCUCAAAUGUAUCCCAAAUCAAGUGUCAAUCUACCAACAACUGCCUGACUGGGAAGUCUGGGGAAGGAAUAAGAGGUUUGGUGGGUUCAGCAUUGUUCAUUUUUUUAUCCUCUUUCUCUCCUCCCUUUAUCCCACCUGUGGUUAAAUGCUGCAAGAGUAUGUGUUUGGAGUCUUUAAAACCAUUGGCGGAAAUGAUAAACAAAAUGAGUUGCUUUCCCUUUUACCUUAAGGUAUUUGUCCUUAAGGACAGAGCAUAGUUUGUGCAACUCUGGUAGCAUUUCCCUAUGACACCAUUUUGAGGUCUGCUUCCCCUCUUUCCUCUGGGAGGAAUGUUUUCUGUCUUUGGUAUUAUAGUUUAUCUUCCCAUUCCUUUACUUAGCAUGUUUGUGCAGAUAUUUUUAUUUUAUUUAAUGUUUUUGGUGUCUGGCUGGCACAGGGAUCCGAACCCUUGACCUUGGUGUUAUCAGCACCAUGCUCUAACUAACUGAGCUAAUCAGCCAGCUCCUAUACAGGUAUUUCUAAACUCUCUACAUUAGAAGGGAGCUCUCAGUAACCAGCUAUUCUUUGCUGUUCUUCUGCCAUUCCUCCCCAUUUGCAUCUUGUUGCUGGCAGAGUCCUCUUGUACUCUGAGAUAUCUAGGGGAUUUUGUCUGCUCCCAGAGUAGGUUCAUACUGAGUAAUAUAGACACUUCAGCCUCCACUUGGUGAAUAAGGCCUGAUCAUAGCAUUCUGCCAGAUAAUACCUAAGAAUGACCUCUGAAGAGCGUUGAUCCAUUUGAGUACCCAGUCUCAGUAGUCACUGUUUUUAAAUUCAGUGAACAUUGUGAUAUUUGUUGUUUCAGAUUGUAGUUUCUUCUAUUUUGAUUUUAAAGUUGACUUUCAGAAUGUUCUUGGAAAAGAACUGCAUUUUUUUCCUUUGUGGAUCUGCUUUGUUCGGCUGCUGGGAUAGAUAAGCAUGGGCUUAAAAAUAUGUCCUUCCCAGUUUUCUUGCCUUUCCCAUUGUACUAUGAAUUUUCCCUUUCUUUUCUUCUCUCCUUCCAUCUCUCCGUCCUUUUUCUUCCUUUUUCUCUGCCAGGCCAUUUUUCAAAUUUAUAUCAAAGAUACCUCACGUGUUGGUAUCUGAUAAUAUCUGUCAGUCCUCUUAUCUGAGGAGUGACUUUUUAUUUUUAAGAUGACUACAGACCUAUUUUUAGAUAUGUUUUCAGUACAAUUUUGAACAGCAACUUUUUAAUUAAACAUCUUCCAGUGUUAGGAAAGUGAGAAAUGUCCGUAGACGGGUCUGCUGUUCUGUGUCACCAUCUUUCGUCUCCCCAACUCCUUCCCCCUCUAGUUUUGGGUGUGCAUGUUUGGAGUUUGUAGUGGGUGGUUUAUAAAACUGGACCAUUCUGCCUUGCUAUGCAUUUUAUGAAAGCCUCUUUCUUAUCCCUUACCCCUUUGCUUUUUCCUUUGCCCUUCUGCACACCCCACUCUCCUGGAACUAUUGACUGGCUCAAUAAUCCCGGGAAAGUGACUCACCUAGUAGAAAGACUAAUGCAUUCAUCCCUCAUAGAAAGACAAGUAAAGUAGUCUCUGGCGUCCUGGGAAUUUCUGGUUGGAUUUGGUGUCCCAAACCCUCUCAUUAAGAGAUCAGAUCCCAGGAUGAGAGGAACAGGCCAAUUGGCUAAGAAAAAAAGCUGUUUGUUUUUCUUUUGAACUAUGAAAAAGACCCUGUUUGUGAAUACAUUUCAGAAAAAGGAGAGGAAGGACGUCUGUGGAACUUUGUUGUUUUCUGCUACAAAAUGUGAAUAGUUCAGAGUGAAAAUCUUUUGUGAUGGUUGAUGUCUCAGGAAUAAGCUGGAUCUCCAAUGUUUUGGGGAUGCUUUGAGUCAAAAAUCGAUAAUCAGAAAAAUAUUUUUUGUUUGUUUGUUUAAUGUAUCCCUGUUCUGAUUUUAAUUAAACUCCAAAUUUUGCUUUAUAAACUCUUGGGAAAACUUAAGUUGUGCUGUAAUUUUCCUAAAAAGCUUGUUCAGGACCUCUUUUUAGCUUGGGGAGUUUGAUUCUUUGGGAGUGAAGCUUUUUAGUCUUCAUGCACUGUCCUUGGCAUCCUGUGGAAUCUGACGCCAAAGAGCAGCUAGUCAGUCUAUCAGUGAGCAGAAGAGUGUACUCUUCUUGAUCUUUAUUGAUAUAUGAAAACUUGGCUUCCUCACUGAACAAUGAGGAAUGGAUUUAAAACAUGGGAGCUUGAGUAGUAUCAAGAUACCAUUUUCCCUUUUUGCUCCAUCUUGGGGAACUUCUGCACAGGCCUUCUAAUCACAGGAUGUUUCUAGUAUUUCCUGGUAGUGUCAGCUGUAUAAUACAGCAUAUAAUACAGCAGCUGCCCAAUCCCUUACCCUUCUUUGCAAGGACCUCCUUACUGCUUUGUGCAGUUCUUUUCUGGAGGCCACUGUUACUAGAGGUAAUCAGCAUUUUAAAAAUAAUUUCACAAAGCAAGAGAUAAACUUCCAACAGAUGACACCUUUGUGUCAUGCCUCACAGAAUUGUUUUCAGAGCAAGCCAGAAUCCAGUAGGUGGUUUACCCCUGGAUAUUUGGAAGGAACCUCAUAGAAGAGAAGCCCUAAAUGAAUAUUGUAUCCUGUCUUUUUCUUGGGGAGGAACACCUUUAGUUAACCAUUUGAGUAAGUCUGUUCUUAAAAUCUUAGUGACUAUUUGUAGUUUUCUUUUUAUGAGUAAAUCAUGUUUCUUUGCUUUUGGAGACAAUAAGUCUUAAUGAGAGAUGAUCUCCCUCCAUAUUACAGCAGGAGACACACAUUGUCAUGGUUCUCCCUUCUUUAUAGUAUGGUUUAUUGAGUUUACCGUGUCCUAUAUUCUGUUUAAAUAGGUAUAAUGUUCUCAAGAGCACAGUUGUAGAGAAGCUAGCUUCCAGGAAUUGGGCUUCCAAGCCAAGAGUUCUGUCCUUCCACUUCCACCUGUAUUAGUUAUUUAUUGCUAUGUAACAAAUUACCCCCAAAUUUAAUAUCUUAAAAUAGCAAGCUAUCUGUCAGUUGCUGUGGGUUAGGAAUUUGGGAGCACUUAGCAUGAUGGUUCCAACAUGGGGUAUCAUAAAGUCGGUCUGAUGUGGUCAGGGGCUUCUGUCAUUUGGAGCUGGAGAAUCCACUUCCAGGCUUCCUCUUUGUGGCUACAGGCAGGAUGCCUCCGUUUCUCCCUACAUGGGUAUCUCCAUAGAGUAGCAUGAGUGUCUUCACAUGAUGGUAGCUGGCUCCCUCUGAGCAACUGAUCACAGAAAGGGGUGCAGGGCGAGGAGAAAGCUGCAGUGCCUUUUAUGACAUUGUCUCUGAAAGUACACACCAUCACUUACUCUGUUCUUUGGAAGCAAGCCACUUAGCCCAGACUACGUUCAAGGAGAGGAAUUACAUCUCCUCCCCUCUUGAAUGGAGCAGUAUCAAAGAAUUUGUGGACAUAUCUUAAAACCACCACAUCCCCAACAAAAGAUGAAAACAGAUCAAUAGGGAGGUAGGUUUAAUCUAAGUGAUAUGCUGAGAGAUAUAUUGCUACCAAAAACAAUUCUCUAUGAUGUGCAUCACUAGACUGAGAGAGAAGAUGGACUUUCUCCCUUUCCCCCAAGCUACCUGCUGGUUUUAAGAGGGGUAACAGAAAUGGAAAUUUCCAGAAGUAUAUCUAUACAUCUGCCUGACUACUAGCAGCUAAAAGGAUGCUUAUUUACAAGUCCUAGACUUGGUGUCUCUAAGACUCAAUUACCACUUUUAAUUUCCCUUAGCCACAAAUUGACAAAGAAAUGGAAUUGGGGCCUUCCAGCUGAGCCACUAAAGCUGUAUUAAUUGGAGUGGGGAUUGUCAAGCAAAGGGAGGAAACAUGAACUAGAUGUUAGGUUGUUGAGCUGAAGACAAGAAAGCAGUUUAGAUUCAGGGUGAAAUAGAUUUUCAGGAAGCCAGGUCCCCACAGAGUCAGUGCUUGGUGCCUGGUCUCUCAGCUACAUCAGCAUAAACAAUCUUGGGUCAGGUUUCUUCCCUAAGAAGCAACUUCUCAAUAAAAUAGGAAACACCUGAGAA